GGCCGUCAGUGACCCGAUGCCGGUGUUGUAGGACCGUUACCUCCAGCGACCAGUGUCCAGUGUGUGGUGAACAGUGACUAGCAGACAUGUAUCUACCACUACCAGCCGUGCUGAGUCUAUCCCUGGGUCUCCUGUCUGUGGCCAUAUCAGCACCCUCCACAUCCACCACCGCCGGCGAGAAAGACAAAGACAGCUCCGAGGAAAGCUAUGAGGUAGUGUACGACCAGCGGCAGAACGGCACAGACAAUCUGCGAGUGUCGGUAGAGGACGUGAUGGUAGUGGUAGCGCCGUCGGAAGGUCUCAUGCAGGCAGGGGGCAGCGCCCUCAACUCUCUGGCUCUGGGCGUCGUAGGCGCCGCCAUGCUGGACCGUGUCAAGACUCCUGAUUGUGGGGCUGAGGGAGGUCGCUGCAAGUCCGCGCCUGGAAACUCCCAGAGGUCCCGGCUGAGGCUAUCUAACUUGCUGCAGCCGCUGUUCAACAGAGUGCAGCAUCACUGACGCAGCUGACUCGUCUGACGUCAUCCUGAACACACCGUACCUAGCUGCUGACUUGAGAGAUGGCAUUACGCCCGUUGUUCGGACUGUACUACGCACUCCAGCAAGGCAGUUAAAUUGAAUUGACAACGACUUUUGAUUUACCCACCUCCUUCAGCUUUAAUUUAUGUAUUUAUUGUACUUGCCAAAUAAAACUGUUUGUUA